AUGGAUUCUGAAGAAUACUCUGAUUCUGAUUCCUCGUAUUCAGAUUUUUCUUCUGAAAGUGAUGAGGAUGCAUCAUUAGAUGAUGCAAGAGACUGGUGUCGUCUGGAUGAAGACAACCUUGGACCUUCUCCCCCAAGAUUUCCAUUUACUGCGAAUCCCGGAGUAAAAGUUGAGAUCCACAGUUCUUCACCUUUGGAAUUCUUCGGAAUUUUUUUUGAUGAUGAUAUCGUUAGCUUUAUUGCAAGUGAAACAAACCGUUUUGCCGAAGAUUUCAUUGAAAAUAAUGAAUUAACACCCAGUUCAAGGUCGCACAAUUGGAAAGACACGGAUUCCAGCGAAAUACGAGUAUUUCUGGCUCUACUGAUACUCCAAGGAAUCCUUCAAAAGCCAAUUCAAAAGUUGUAUUGGUCCCAAAUUCCAUACUUUUAUACUCCGUUUUUCGGUCAGAUAAUGUCCGAAAGAAGGUUUGCUUUGUUAAUGAAGUUCUUGCACUUCACUAAUAAUGCAACAAUAGAUACAAGCAAUCAUCCUCAACCUGGACUGCGAAAAAUAUAUGAAGUAUAUGAAGCCUUAAACAGGAAAUUUAAAUCUUCAUAUAUUCCUGAAUGUGAAGUGACUGUGGAUGAAUCGUUGCUCUUAUAUAAGGGCCGGUUGGUCUUUAAGCAAUACCUACCAAAAAAAAAGUCAAAAUUUGGAGUAAAAUUUUACCAAUUAUGUGAAUCAAGCACCGGAUAUAUUUGGAAUAGCUUAGUAUACACUGGAAGAGACAUGCCUUUAUGGCAAAACGCGAAUAAAUAUUCUUCGACCACUAAUAUAGUUAUGACGCUGAUGGAAAAUCUUCUGGGUAAAGGAUAUUGCGUAACUUUGGAUAAUUUUUAUACUUCACCAGAGCUGGCAGAGAUUUUGAUAACUAAUAAAACAGAUGUUUAUGGAACUCUACGAUCAUAUAGACGUGGUAUUCCACAAGAGAUAAAGGACAGAAAUAUUAAAAAGGGAGAGAUAAUUGGAUUCCAGAAAGGUAAAAUGUGUAUUUUAAAGUAUAUGGAUAAGAAGCCAAUCCAUAUGCUUAGCACAAUACUCACAAUUGAUUUUGUUGAGCAGUGCAAAAGGAAGAAGAGAAGUAAUGGCGAUAUUGAAGAAAUUAAAACUAAAAAGCCUAAGGCUGUUUUAGACUAUAAUCGAACAAUGGGAGGUGUGGAUAUAGCUGAUCAAUGCUUAUCAUAUUACCCAACAGUUCGAAAUCAGCAAAAAAAAUAUUACAAGAAGAUUUUCAGGCAGUUAUUAAACCAGAGCGUGUGGAAUGCAUUUGUACUUUUUAAAAAAUGUGGAGGUAGAAUGACACAUUUAGAUUUUAGAUUAAAUCUAAUGGAAAGUUUAUUUCAAACGUAUGGAGAGAAGAAAAAUUUGCAACUUCUGACUUCAGCCGACCGCCUUAUUGGACGCCACUUUCCCGCACAUAUUGAAGCGACAGGAAAAAAGAAAACCUUAUCAAGAGUGUGUAUUGUGUGCAGCAAAAAAUUUGACAAUAAAGGCCGUCGUUUGCGGAAAGAAACUAGGUUCGAGUGCAAACAAUGCAAGGUCGCACUGUGCAUAAUACCAUGCUUUGAAAGAUAUCAUACUGUGAUGGAUUACUGA